AUGGUCUGCCUUGAGAAUGUCGCUCGCAAGGUGACAGCAGAGAUUGUGACAGAGCAGCUUCGAAGUGCCGGAUACUGGGCAGUCGCCUACUUCAUCAACUCCUCAUCCUUCGGAAUUCCGCAAAGUCGUUGCCGCUUGUAUGUUUUGGGAAUUGAUCCACGACAGUGCGACAUUUUAGACCCGCCAGAUCAAUGGGUGAAGUGGUUGGAGGACAUUUCAGCUGAGUGCACCGUCCACAAGCCAGGAUUCGGAAGUUUGAUGCUGGAGGAAGCGGAUUCCUACAUCCAAGAUGCAUUGAGUAAGCUAAGGAAAAGACAGGCAACAGAGGAUGAGGUCAAAGAGUCCUUGAAAACAGGCAGAACAUGGCCCAAAUGUUGGGAAAAGCAUGAGGCCGCGAGAAAGCAGUUGAGCGAAAGACUUGGUGUGAAGGUUCCCUCUGGGCCAAAGCUUUUCGACGAGUUUGCCAAUGACUGGAGCAAGACAUUACCGGCUCGUGAGCAAGACAUUCUGUAUUUGCACCUGUGGGCGAAACUUGUCAAGUUUGGUGAGGACAACAAGGAGAGAUUGCCAUGCCUCCUGCGUGCCCAUCGCCUGUGGCACACGAAGAAGGGACGCGUCAUUACUGGACGGGAACUUUUGCGUGGACAAGGCUACCCUAAAACCAUCAAGACUGGCGCUGAGGAUGGCAGUUGGGUUGUGCCGGACCCUUGGCAUACCAGCUCUGUAAGUUUUGAAGUAUUGUCUUCCUGCGGAUCGAUUGCUGUAAGGCUGUAA